AUGUCUCCCAUAGCGUCUAAUACAUGGUACAACAACGCGGUAGCCCAGCCGCGGUUUCACGAGUCCACGUCGCUGCCGCCAUCUCGCCACACGAACCUGUCCAGAAUCAAACAAUCUCCAACGGAGCAGUUCAAUCCGUCACACCCCGUGCGGCUUGCGCCACAACCCAAGCCCACCAUUGUCAAAGUCAAGCGUCCACCGCCGCCUCCCCCGGCCCCUGUUAGCAAGCCCGAACAGGUGCGAAAAACCACGUCCUCGUUUACCAGCAUGACAACUAUACCAGCUUCGGCGGCCGCUGCUCUCACAGCGGAUGCAUUACCAACCAUCCCUGCCGGGUCCGAGCAAUCGAUCCUCGACUUUGGUAAGGUGAGCCCCGGCGACGAGACGGAUGCGCCGAGCAUAAUGCUCCAUAUUCCGUUGAACGGGGAGACGAACAAGCACGUCAACUUCUUGCGCAUGGCCGAAGAGCGUUAUGGCUGGGACGCGCUCCAUCCCCGUCUCGCCGCCAAUCGUGAGCGCAAAGCGCGCAUUGCGGCAGCCAGUGCCGCGCUGGAAAAGAGCGGGAGCCGGCGGGAGUCGGGCGACAACAUGGACGAGGAUAUACAGUCAGAUGCCUAUGUCAGCAAUGUGGAAAUGGGCGGCGUCGCCAACGGCGUCGGUAAUGGUAAUGCGACUACGAAUGGGAACGGCGGCGGGACAAGCGGUCCCGACGGAGCGCCUGUAAAGCCGGCGCAGAAGAAACGCAACUUCAAAGAGGACGAAUACGACAAGGAUGACGAUUUUGUCGACGAUUCGGACAUGCUAUGGGAAGAGCAGGCGGCCGCCAGCCGCGACGGCUUCUUUGUCUACAGCGGGCCCUUGAUACCCGAGGUUAAGAAGCCGGUCGUGCCCACGGGGCCGCCGAAACGUGGGCGUGGCGGUCGCGGCCGUGCCAGCUAUCUGAGUGCCCAGUACAACAGCCGAGAAAUGACGCUUCUGAAAAGGCCCGUUGAUGAACAUUCCAAACAAGCUAACGCCUCGAUCCCCUCAUUGCAAAACGACCUUGCCCGCAACCAGCAACUUAUCACAGCCGAUCUUGCUGAGUCAAAGACGAGGUCAGAGCAAACUGCCCUCGAGGUCGACGAGCUAAAGCCUCUUCGACGCAGUCUUGCACUAUUGAAGCAGCAAGUUGACCAAGAUAAGGAGGCAACUAAACCGGUUUCCGAACUUGCUAAAAAACUCUUCAAUCUUCAGAAAGACGUCGUGAAGAUACAGAAGAGUACCCUACAGAGUAUCAAAGAGAAGCUGCUGAUUGAGCAAAGGAUAUCUGUCUUAGAGCGCAAAUUGGAUGGCAUAGAUGCGUCUCGCCAGGUCCCGCCUGAGACCGUCGGCUUUAUCAACAAGAUAUUCCUUCGGAGUGAGAAACUGAUGAAAUUACUGGACGACCAUGAAGCCGAGGCAGCUGAUAUAUGUGCGACGCAACCUGCCCCAAGCACGUUGCAGAAAUAGGGCCAGAUUGUUGUCAAGGACAAAGGCCAGAUUUUGUCAAGAACAAAGGCCAAGUAGAGUAUGGCGGCACGCUUGGCUCAAGGCCGCAAGCGCAAGAUUGAAGAUUUAUCUCUUGAUCGCCCAAAACGGAC